GACUUGUGCUACUUACCGACGUGAUAUGAACCACGGUACUUGUUUCACAGUAGUGGAUGCUAGCAGUGGAUGUUAAUCCUGUUUUUGACAAGAUGGCGGCUGCCGUCGACAUUGUAAUGAUGACAUUAAUAACAGUGACUUCAGCGUCCAGUCUCCCCACCUCCAUGACGACAUGGACUUUGUACACAGACAAGCGAUCCUGGAAUGAAGCACAGUUCCUCUGUGAAGCUUUGGGCGCUCAUCUGUUGUAUCUGAAAGACACCGCUAUGGAGGGCCUGGCUGAUCAACUAGCACAACAAGAACCCUGGUCGCCGCAUCUUGGCGUACUGAAGUCCCACUCUAUUGGACUAUAUAACAUGGUCGAGACUGUCCCGGCCAGCUAUUCAUGGCUGGACUGUGAGCCAGCGGGCACAAUCACCGCCAACUGGGCCUCUUCGCGGGAACCAUUGUUACAGACGAUGCGUUUGUGCCUCAGGCGGCUCCCAGGUGCCGGGUACGCAACCGCCGAUUGCAAGGAUGACAAUCAAUAUGUCUGCGAGAAGGUUGGAGGCACCUGCAAUUAUGAGAUGGUCCCUGACAGUCGUGGCGUAGACGGCUCCCCCUAUGAAGCAGGUGCCCUGCCUGUGAGUGAGUGUCAAGGUCUGUGUGACGCGGCUGUGGAGGGUACCCAGGAGUGUUGGGCUUAUACCUCAUCACCAACUAAGUGUGAUCUACACUUCGCCUCAGACUCAACGCAUUUUGACAUUGCGACGAAUGUAGCCAACUCUAACGGCGAACAGCUGUAUAAAAAGAAGUGUUUUGCAAAUGUGGUCAAUGGGACCAACUUUCCAACUUUCAACCUCAUCUCUGCAAAACCUUUCACUCCAUGUCCUGGAUCAGUGGGCUCUGAGAGUACAUCAGUGUAUACCUUCUUUUCUACAAACGUUACGUGGUUUGAAGCAAUGGCCAUCUGUACCAGCAACAGUCAGCAGCUCGUUGUCCUCUCUACAACAGAUGAUGCCCUUAAGCUCCACAAGUUAUUCGGGUCUUAUGGCAUAUCCUUCUGGAUGGGUUUAAGUGGAGCGACAGCGAGCGGGUAUACUUGGGUCGACGAUACAGCAAUGACCUGGAAUCACUUCCACCCCGGGUUUCCAAGCGUGGGCACAGAGACUCUGUGUGUAGCAGCUGUCCCUAACAACAGUAACAACACUUGGAUCACUGACAACUGCCAACACAAGCGACCCUUUGUGUGUCAGAAGCCGGAAGUCAAGUGUGCCUACCUUAUACUGAACAGGGCUAAAGGCGUGACUUACACCGAUAAGGGUAGCUUAGAUCAGGCGGAAUGUGAAGGCGAAUGCCAAGCCCUCAGUGACUGCGUGGGUUACUCUCAUUAUAAGACACUGAGUAAGAAGUGCUACCUACACCAAAGUCCAGAUCCACAACAUCUGUAUGACCCAAGUAACUACAAAACUGGAGAAUACUUCUGGAAGCUGUACCGAUGGUCAUGUGACUUUGGUAUAUACUUUGGAGAAGCCACUCAUGUCCAACCAAUUCAAGGUUUGAAUGUAUCGGAUCUGCAGAGCACUUCCAGUAUGUCUGUGGAGAGUACGUCGGCAGCCCCUGCGGUAUCUACCAGUUAUGUGUUAUCACAGUCAGUUUUUGAACAGUCCGUAAUAGAGGACACUACCGUUGUCUCAGUGUUUGGUACAGUGGAAAGUUCGCUUGAGGUAACAGAAUCUGUGUUUGUGACAGAGGAACCUUCACUUGUACCAACUGAAUCUUUGUUUGGUACAGAGGAACCUUCGGUUGUACCAACUGAAUCUGUGUUUCUUACAGACGAAUCUUCAGUUGCACCAACGGUUCCGUUUGUCACAGACGAGCCAAUAUCAUCAGCAAAAUCUUCUUCACUAACACAAGACACUUCCAGCAGUCCAGGUAUUUUCUCUUCCUCGCCUGGUUUUGACGAAUCGUCCUUUAUUGGAACUGUCGGCCCAUCUCUAUCAGCAACACAUACGUCACAUCCUAUGUCAACUGAUGAGGAACUCCUGGAAACAUCAAGUCCAAGUGGGACAUACAACACUUAUCCAGGCACAGACAUGUUGGGUAGUUUACCCUCACCCCUGACUUCUCAUCCUAUCGUCACCUUCACAAUGGAGUCCACACAAGACGUAGCAACACCAGACCCUUCUCUUGACAACUCUUUACAAAGUAGUCCCACGUCAGGUUAUCUUUUACUACCUUCUGAAACCGUGACGUUGUCAUCUUCAACGUCUCCUACAACUUCUCCUCAGCAGGCAACUACGGCGACAACAGUGAAGCUCUGCCCAUGUAAGUGCAAUAUACACGUGGAGGACAAAGAGAGAAACCAGAUUAUCCAAGAGAUCAAAGAAAAACUCUUAAUUGAGACAGAUCAGCUUGCACAACAGGUUCGCAAAAGGACGAGUGCUCCGGAUGAACGAGCUAGUUCUAAAAGCAUUGGCUAUGUGGCCAUAACAUUUAUGUCUUUUGUGGGCAUAUUAAUGGUUCUCGCUGAUUCGGCUACUUUAGGAUUACACAUACAAAUGCUGAUAGCUAAUUUGUGCAAGAAAUGAAAACAGAACCAGGGUUGGUCUGAUUUGAUGUAACCAGCUGUGAUGGUAUUAUUCGUGUAUGUACACCCGAUGAGUGUCACCAGUACAUGUAACAUCGUAGCGUUGGAAUGAAUUAAUAGGGUCAAUUGGGGAUCGGUCAUUUGAUAUUCGGGGGAGGAGGGAGUUUGUAUCUAGAUAUAUUUUCAGCUACAGCUGCAAAACUAUGAGUCUGAUUUUUAAAAGAAAAACACCUGUCAAUAAUGUCAUUUUGUGGCAGGCAAUUUCUUUUUUUCAUAGUCUGAAACAUUAUUAUAUUUCUUCAAGAAUUAUCGGGGACAAUAUAUUUUUUGGAUAAAGCCUACAUGUAGCCCUUCCCCCAGAAUUUCAAAUGGUCUGUCUCUGAGACUUAAUUACAUAAGGAGCUUCACUGUGAAAUUUUAUCAUUAUGCUUCAAUGUUUAGAUAUAAACAGAAAGGUUUUCUUUAAUGGAUGUAACCAACAUAUCGUAUUUAUUCUUACAAAUGUUACGACACCUGGUGCUGAGAUACUUAGCCCAAAGCUUACUCUCCAUCAUGGGCACGCCUUUUUCAUAUAUUAAUACAUGUAAUGUGUACAGAACAAUUUUGUAGCAACAUGUUUAUAACUAGCUUACACAUAUAACGUGUUUUAAAAUACGUUAUAUAAAAUGUCCAUAUCACGGAUUUAUUGCCUUCAAGUGUAACGUGAAUAUAGUGUCUAAAUUCUUUUUAAAUAAUACUUAUAUUUUCACAUUGUUAGAUCAAAAGAUGUAUAUAACAUUUUAUUGCUUUCAAAUGUUCACUACGCUAUGAUAUCAAAACAUCUAUAAAACGUUUUAUAGCUUACAAAUUUAAAUGUGCACCAAGCUAGUGUGAUAUCAAAACCUGUACAUAACGUUUUAUAGCUUACAAAUAUUCACUACACUGUGAUAUCAAAACAUCUAUGAAUCGUUUUAUAGCUUACAAAUAUGCACUAAGUUAGUUUGAUAUAAAACCUGUACAUAACGUUUUAUAGCGUUCAAAUGUGCACUAAACUAGUUUGUUAUAAAAACCUGUACAUAACGAUUUAUAGCUUACAAAUGUACACUACGCUAGUGUGACAUCAAAACAAGUGUAUAAAGUUUUAUUGCUUAAAAAUGUGCUCUCUGCUAGUGUGAUAUCAAGACAUAUAUAUAAUAUUAUAUAACUUACAAAUGUACACUACGUGCGUUAUAAAGACAAUGAGUUCGCAUUGACAUUAUAUAGUGUGCAAGUACUGACAUAUAGAUCAUCAUGUAACUUGUCUCUCUUACAUGUUCAGCAUGUUUAUUAUUGAAGUCAACAGCCAACAACAUGGUAGACUAGUAGCCGCUACAGAUGGACAUUAUUAUACUGCUGGUAGAAAUUGUAGUUAAUGGUCACCUGACAGUUGUUCAUCUUUAACGAUAGCUGCCUCAGGAAUUGGCACACACCGGAGAAUGUCAUCAAAGUUUUUAUCCACAGUCAGUAAGUACAUCAUCUCCAAAUACAGGCUGUUCGACAUUAGGAUGUGGCAGGACAUCAGGGCAUGUCUUGCUGCUGAUUGUAGCGGACAUUCUCUAUUUAGUUUCGUCAUCAGUAAAACCUGUGUAUGUAUUCAGGCUUGAUGGUGUGUCGAGGUGGGACCUGUGCACUGUCAAGAACGUGUACUGUGGUCGCACACAGGGAGUGGUUUGUGUACUUGAUAGAGAGACCAGCCUUCAUACUGAGAGUUCACAUCAUGGUUCCAGUCGAUUAUACCUAAGAGCAACAGCGUUUUAGUACACCCCAUGCUCGGACUGGGCGUUUGGCUGUUGAAAAAGCUCCACACAAUCCUGGUUCAAGCGGCGCACAUAUUUAAACUGAUAGGGUUGUGUGUUAAACAUAAAACAAUAGAACAUAAACAAAGAUUUGAACUCCAUGCGAGUACAAUAGUUAAGUUCAGAGCCAGUAAGGAAAGACACAACAACCAAGACACUUCCAGUAUCAGACAGCAGUUCUACUUCAGCAAGGAUAAUAUCAAAGAUAGCGGCCCGAAGAGGCCGUUGCCUCUUACCAUAAGGUUUUCCUCAAACUAAUCCAAAGGGAUAAUGGCAUAACGUCCCUUGACCCAAAUUGGCGAAAACAUAUAAAUCGACGUCCAAUCAGUUAACAAAGUCUGUAUCUUACCUAGGGAUGUUUUUCUAGGAACAUAAUAACAAUAAGGGGGUCUCUUUCAACUUGAUAGGGUCGUUUUGAUUCUAACUUUUUAAUUUUUUUGCGUUCAUCCGUGGUGAUAGCUAUAUCAGAAACCUUCAGUCCCGCAAGGUUUUCCCUACCUCUCGUCCCCAAGGGCAGCAACAUAUCGACGAAAACCAACAUGAGAUAAAAGGUAUUGAAAUUGAAAUCUUGUGAAAAUUUAUUUCGUAAUGUUUUGCACUGUGCUCUAAAAUAUAUAUAUUCACAUGAACACAUUUUAUUCACAGCUCAAAAAGCUAAAACUCCUCACGAUAUUGGACAAGAAAAUGGUUUUGAAUUGUCCUAAUAAUAUUGAAAUCCUAUUAUAGAUAUACCUUGUGUUGCAGAAGGUACUGGAUUGUCGAAGCUGCAUACGUAGUCACACAGUUUCGUCAUGUCGCCAUCGGCUAUAGUUGGGUAGUGCUUGAUCUCGGCUAACCCGAUUCGCUUCAGUUCUUUUUCCCUGCUUUGAAAUAUUUCGACGAUUCA